UAAAACCAAGCUAGCGCUAUGGCCACCACAGCAGUGCAUUCUUCACUACACGUACGCACAUUUCAUUCAACCAGCAAUCUGCAAACGUACCCACGAGAACUAUCACCAUGCACCCGAGCAAGCCUUCAACGUCAGCUGUCUCGAAAUGUACCCCAAUCACUUCCGAUGAUUCGAUUGUGAUCAGUGGAAUUGCGGGCAAAUAUCCGCGAUCGGAUAGUGUGGAACAUUUUGCCGAAAACCUGUACAACAAGGUGGACUUAGUCGACGAUAAGGAAGAUCGUUGGCGACAUCUGUAUGCGGGCAUUCCGAAGCGUCUCGGAAAGCUGAACAAUUUGGGAAAGUUUGAUGCGGAAUUCUUCAACAGUGGCUUCCAGGAAACGCACACCAUGGAUCCGCAGCAACGUCUCCUGCUGGAGCAUUGCUACGAAGCAUUGCUGGAUGCGGGACUGCAUCCGGAUGACAUCAAAGGAACGCGAACGGGUGUGUUUGUAGGUGUGUCGAUUGCGGAAACAGAAAUCUAUUGGACGUACAAGAAAACAAAGUCACCCUAUAACAGGUCCAUCUUGGGAUUUGUUCGAAGUAUGCUUGCGACAAAAAUCGCAUACGCAUUAGAUUUGAAAGGACCAGCGAUGGCGGUGGAUACGGCAUGCAGCAGCUCAAUGUACGCUCUCGAUUGGGCAUGUAAAGCUAUCCGACAGGGACAGUGUGAUGCCGCCAUUGUCGCCGGUACUAAUCUCACGCUACAUCCUUACAUUACGCUUCAGUUUGCAUUGCUCGGUGUGUUGGCAGCGGAUGGAUACUGUCGACCAUUCGAUAAGAAUGCGUCCGGAUAUUCCCGGUCCGAGGCUAACGCUGUAAUUCUGCUCCAAAAGGCCAAAGAUGCCAAGCGCAUCUAUGCACACGUGGUUAAUACCAAAACGAACUGCGAUGGUUAUAAACUCGAGGGUAUUACCUUCCCAUCCAACAAGGUGCAGAAGCAACUGCUCGAUGAACUCUACUCGGAAGUUCCCUAUGACCCGAAGGACAUCAGCUACGUGGAAGCGCACAGUACCGGUACCGUAGUUGGUGAUCCAGAGGAGUGUGACGCCAUUGAGAAGGUGUUCUGUCCCGACCGAACCGAACCACUGUUGGUUGGAUCGGUUAAAUCUAACAUUGGACACUCCGAGGCGGCAGCUGGAAUUUGUUCUGUUACCAAGUGCAUUAUUGCGAUGCAAAAUUGCAUCAUCCCGCCGAACAUCAAUUAUACCGAGCCCCGAACGGAUGUGCCAUCUCUGCUUAACGGAAAGCUGAAAGUGGUUGAUCAAUCGACCCCAUUAGUUGGACCACUAGUGGCGGUAAAUUCGUUCGGUUUUGGAGGUGCAAAUGCUCAUGCCCUGUUGCACAAUUGUACGAAACCAAAGAUCAACGGUGGUUGUCCAAUGGAUGCGCUGCCGCGGUUGGUUAUCUGGAGCGGUAGAACCAUCGCUGCGGUUGAUAACUUUUUGGACAGUCUGGCAGGUAAAGGAUACGAUGCAGAAUUGUACGCACUAACGCACAACAUUCAACGCAAGGAAAUUCCUAAAAUGACCACCAAAGGAUACGUUAUUUUCGGCGGACGCAAGGACGGUAAUGCGGUGCAACUGUACAAAGCUGUUUCAACCACGAUACCAAAGAAGUAUAAGAUUCCAUCCUUAACGCUCGUUUUCGGACCAUUAGAAAAUAACUGGAAAUCUACAGUGGAUGCGUUCAAACAAUUUCCAGAAUUUGCUACAAGCACUAAAGAAUGUUUGCACGCAAUAAGGGAAUGUGGUUUCGAUGCAUUCGAUCAUACAAUGCAAACAGACGAUCCGAUUCAUCGCAUAUUGUGGACAUUCAUCACUCAAGUAGGAGUGUAUCGUGUGUUGGCCAAGUGCGGAUUAUCCUUUGAUCAGUACGCAGGAUACGCUGCUGGACAAAUAACGUGUGCACAUCUCGACGGUGUACUAUCGCUGCAAGACGCAUUACGAGUUGCUUACGCGCAGGGAUACAUCAUUCGAGCCCAUCAUACCGAGAAAAGCUCUAGCAGCAGCAUCGCGUCCAACAAACCGCUCAAUGUUAAGCUGGCGGCCGCGCUUAAACCUCUCCGCCUGCAGGCUGCAUCUCCGAAAUGGUUCAAUCCUUGCCAGCUUAAAACUUUCGAUAUGUACGAUCCCAAGGUGACCGCAUCGCUGCUCAAAACCUUAGGAAAUGAAACUAUCAUUUUACAACCAUUGAAUGAUUCUGUGAAAACUCCAAAUGAAGUUGUCAUUAGCUUCCUCAAAACACUUGGAGAAGUUUUCCAGAAAGGUCAUCAAAUCAACCUACUAUCUUUGUAUCCUUCGGUAGAGUUUCCUGUUUCGCAGGGUACUUCUAUGAUAUCAUCACUGUUGGAGUGGGACCAUUCAGCCGAUUGGCACGUCACCAACUUCCGAACGACUCGUAUGGUAGAUCAAAGUACUACUGAGUAUACGAUUUCGCUCUCGGAACAAGACUACAUUGCUGGCCACUGCAUCGAUGGAAGAAUUCUAAUACCGGCUACCGGAUAUCUUUUCUACGUGUGGGAUUCUUUCUCCGGUAAAAUGGGUAUCAUUCCCGAGGAGAUGCCUGUCGAGUUUUCCGACAUAGAAUUUCUGCGAGCUACCACACUUGUUGGAGAUCAGCAAGUAACGCUUACAGUUGAUUUGAACGAAAUUACGGGCCACUUUGAGGUACGUGAGGGUACGGCACUGGUAGUCACGGGUCGCAUCCAAGCACUUACCAAUUACAAACCACCAGUCAUUGAACAUAAGAAGAGUAGUGCGGUAAUGCUGCCAUCGAAGGAUUUCUACAAGGAGCUUCGGCUGCGUGGAUACCACUAUGGAGGAUUCUUUAGGUCCGUGCUAGAAUCUGCUGCUGAUGGGUCGUAUGCUAAAAUCGAAUGGAAAUUUAACUGGACAGCAUUACUUGAUUGCAUUCUGCAAGUCGCCAUCAUUGCUGUGGAUUCUCGUUCCCUAGUUAUACCUACACGCAUUGACUCAAUCAAAAUUGAUCCCAUACAACAUAAGGGUACGGAUCAAUCCCUAGGCAACGAAGUCCCUAGCUACAACGUUCGCUUCGACCCCGAACUUAACCUGCUGCAGUGCGGAGCGAUAGAAAUACGCGGCCUUAAUGCAAGUACCAUCGCACGACGGCUACCACCAGGGGUUCCUGUGCUGGAGAGUUACAAGUUCCAGCCGUACUAUCCACAGAACACAGUUCAACCAGCCACGGCCGUGUCAACCAUUGUCCAAACGAUUCUGGAAAAUCAAGCUACAAUUUUGUUCAGCGUUACGGAAAUUCACUCCAAAACGAGGGACCCGAUUAUUUCUCUCUUCGGCGACGCUAUCGGUGACUUGCCCUUGGUGAAAGCUCACCUUACACUCCUUUCCACUGCAAAGCCAGAGCCUAUUCCUAACGUCACCAUCUCCGAGGAUAAGCUCAUGAAGCAACGCAACGUACUGCUCCUCAUCUGCGAGAACCUGUUCAAUGAUGACGAGUUCAUCUCCGAUGCGAUCAACUCUCUAUCUGAUCAAGGAUUCAUACUGCUCCGGGAAGCUGAAGGAUAUCGUCUUCAGGAUAGCCACCGACGACUCCAGCUUGUGAGCACCAUUCCGAUCGAAGGUGAAACAUACCUGCUUCUGCAACAAAAGAAGUCCGCUAUGAGUACCUCCGUCGAUUCUCACGUUAUCAAGAUAUCGUCGAACGAUACCACACAUAACUGGCUGCUGGAGUUGAAGCAAGAAGUCAAAACUAAACCCAUCAUCCUCUACGCCCAGAAUGAUCCUUCUUCGGGUAUCAUCGGUCUUGUGAACUGUAUCCGCAAGGAGCCCAGCGUUCAAACCGUUUCCUGUUUCUUCAUCGACGACCCCAACGCUCCCCCGUUCGAUGCUUCCAAUGCUUUCUACAAAGAUCAGAUUGAGCUUGGACUGGCGAUCAAUGUUUAUCGUAAUGGACAAUGGGGAUCAUAUCGCCAUUUUAAGCUACUGGAAGAGCCGCGUUACGAGUCUACCACUAAUCAUUGCUUCGCCAACUGUGUCAAGCCUGGAGAUCUCUCCUCAUUCACCUGGAUGGUUGGUCCUCUUAGUGAACAACCACCAUCAAGCCCAUUGGUCAGAGUCGUUUAUAGCUCAUUGAAUUUCAAAGACGUCAUGAUUGCUACUGGAAGACUCACUAUUGAAACGUUCUGUACUGACCGACUACAACAAGAGUGUAUUUUGGGUUUCGAAUAUUCUGGUGUCACCGCCACCGGAAAACGAGUUAUGGGAAUUAUACCUGCAGGAUCCAUGGCUACAAUAAUUGAAGCUGAUUCCCUUUUCACCUUGGAUGUUCCUGAUGAAUGUACCCUGGAGCAAGCUGCUACUAUUCCCACUGUAUAUGCUACGGUCUAUGCUGCCUUCUUCAUUUGCUCCCAUAUUCGCAAAGGAAACUCCAUUCUCAUACAUGCUGGUACGGGAGGCAUUGGACUGGCCGCUAUUCGAGUAUGUCUAGCAUACGGACUUGAGGUCUUUACCACCGUUAGCACUAAGGAGAAACGUGAAUUCCUGUUAAGCUACUUCCCGGAACUUAACCCCAACAACAUCGGUAAUUCUAGAGACAUCUCUUUCGAAACGCUCAUCAAGGAGCGUACCAAUGGGCGUGGUGUUGACUUUGUGCUCAACUCCCUCUCUGAGGAAAAGCUUCAGGCUUCUAUUCGCUGUCUAGCUAAGGGAGGACACUUCUUAGAAAUUGGAAAGUAUGACAUGAUGAAGGACUCCAAGCUCGCAAUGACACUCUUCCAAAAAGGACUCACCUUUACCGCCGUGCUCGUCGACUUGAUGUUCAAGGAGAAAAGACACCUCUUGCAAGCGUUACACAAACUUAUUGUGAAGGAUCUUUCCAAAGGAAUCAUCAAACCGCUUCCUACUACCGUAUUCCAGGCGCAUGAGAUCGAACAAGCAUUCCGAUAUCUUGCUACGGCCAAACACAUGGGAAAAGUUGUGCUCAAGAUUCGCGAUAACGAAGAUGAUCUUGCAUCCGUGCCGAUAUCGUAUCUGCCGCGGGUGUACUGUAACUCUGAGCAAAGCUUUGUCAUUGCUGGUGGUCUCGGUGGAUUUGGACUCGAACUGGCCGAUUGGCUUAUUAUUCGAGGCUGUCGUAAGCUGCUUCUUAGUUCCAGCAGAGGUAUCACCAAGCCCUAUCAGCAGUAUCGUAUCAAUACAUGGCAUACAUACGGAGUGCAAGUGCUCGUCUCUACGGAGGACAUUUCCACCGAAAGUGGCUGUCGCCGACUUCUUCAGCAAGCCAUCCAAAUGGGACCCAUUGCCGGUAUCUUCAAUCUUGCUGUACAGCUACGGGACGCCAUCAUCGAAAACCAAUCAGUGGACAAGUUCGCCGAGUGCUUGGCUCCUAAAGCCACCGCUACACACCAUUUCGAUCUAAUCAGCCGAGAGUUGUGUCCCAUGCUGAAGCAUUUCGUCGUUUUCUCCAGCGUUUCGUGUGGACGUGGAAAUGCUGGACAAUCUAACUAUGGUAUGGCGAACUCCAUCAUGGAACGAAUCAUCGAACAUCGUGUCGCACAAGGCCUGCCCGGAAAAGCUAUCCAGUGGGGUGCUAUCGGUGAGGUCGGCAUUGUUGCCGACAUGCAAGAGGACAAAAUCGACAUGGAAAUCGGUGGUACAUUGCAGCAACGACUCUCUUCUUGCAUCCAAGUGCUAGACCAGCUACUGACCACUUCUGCACCCCUUGUGGCCAGUAUGGUUGUGGCCGAGAAGCGUAGCUCUAGUGGCGGCGCCAAGAACAUUGUCGAAGCCGUCAUGAACAUCAUGAACAUUCGCGAUAUGAAGUCGGUCUCCGUUGAGAGUACUCUCGCUGACAUCGGUAUGGACUCGCUCAUGGCCGUCGAAAUCCGACAGGUUCUUGAACGAGACUUCGAUAUCAUCUUGACGCCUCAGGAUCUUCGCACACUCACUUUCUCCAAGCUUCAGAAACUCGCCGAUGCUAAGGCCGAGAACGAGACUGCUGAAACUGCUACUCAACAACUACAACUGGAGGACUUGUUGGCUAGCUUCGGUGAUGAAGCUGCCAGUCAUCACACUGUCUUACGGCUGCCUUCCAAAUGUAAUGACCUCGUGUUCGAUCGACCUGUUCUUCUUAUUCCCGGCAUUGAAAGUGUAUGUAGCCCAGCCUGGAUCAAGAUCGCUUCCGAGAUCAACGCGCCUACAUUUAUGCUGCAAACAUUCGCCAAUGCAACCGAUGAACAGACCAUUCCCGGAAUCGUCGACACCGUGUUUGACGAGAUGUUUGAAACUGUCUUCGCCAAGGCGGAACAGUUCUUAGUCAUUGGAUACUCUUUCGGAUCACUGUUAGCACUGGAGAUAGUGAAGCGCCUAGAGGCUCGAUCACUACGCGGAAAGUUGAUGUUAAUCGAUGGUUCCCCAUUGUAUCUGCAGCGCUUUGCCAGCCAUCAUUUAUCCGGCUUUGACGACGAGCACUUGCAAAUGGCAAUUCUUACGCUGGUGCUGUCGUUCGCGUUGCCUUCGGUAUCUAACGAAAUUGUAAGCACGAUCAUGAGUGAAGCCACGUACGAGAAUCGUGUCUCCAAAAUGUUGGAUAUUGGUCGUGAAUCUAACCCAUUCUCAGAAGACUACACACGCAAAAUGAUGCGAGUAUUGUUCUAUAGGCUGAAAGCCGCCAUGAACAUGAGCACCGAUGUGAAGGAAAAAUUAGUAUCUUCAUUGGUGCUCGUGCGCUCGGGAACGAUUAGCGAAAUUGAGGAAGAUUAUGGUUUAAGUGAGUUCACCCAGUCGUCGAUGAUAGUCAAGAUCAUUGAAGGAACGCAUCAGACCAUGCUUUCUAAUAUGGAACUGAUUGAAAUUAUUAAUAAGGACACUCUCUGAACAUGGCAUGUGUAAGAAAAACUUAUUUAUCAAUUUCUAUAAGCUAACCAAUAAAACAAAGCAUUUCUAAAUCGA